AUGGGACGAUACUCGGGAAGGAGCAGCCGGCUCAUCUUAAUGUGUGUUGUGAGCCUGCUACUCUUUAUUGUGGAGAUAUCAGUAGCAUACAUUGGUAACUCCCUGGCUCUAGCUUCAGAUGCUUUUGCUGUCCUUUCUCACUUCAUCUCCAUGAUCAUAGGGUUGCUCGGUGUCCGAUUCAGUCAUGUCAGAUGGCACAAAAGGAGCACUUUUGGCUUUCCCCGGGCAGAUGUAUUGGGUGCCUUCGGCAAUUCUGUCUUUGCUACUGCACUGAUGGUCAGCAUCUUUAUUGAAGCCAUUAAGAGGUAUCUGAAUCCACAAAAGACCGAAGAACCACUGUUUGUCCUCAUUGUAGGAAUUGCCGGUCUCUUCUUCAACAUGUUCAGCUAUGUUAUCUUCAUGGACUGUUGUUAUUGUCAAGUAUCCAUUGCCCAAGAGGACAUUGAGACAGUUCUGGAUGAAGAUAUCAUUAAAAUUCCUAUGGCCAGAAACUGUGAUGUUGCACUGAAUGAGACUGUACCACAAGUUAUAACUUAUACACAACACAGCGUUUCUUCUUUGAAUGCAGGUGAUUCAGUGAACAAUGAGAAAGAGAUUGAGGAGGGGGAGACAAAGAAAAAAGAGAAAAAGUCUGCAGCCCUGAACAUCAGAGGUGUUCUUUUACAUGUUAUGGGAGAUGCACUUGGAUCGGUGGUUGUGGUAGUUACUGCUACCAUAUUUUAUGUGCUUCCCCUGGAUGCUAACGCUCCAUGUAACUGGCAGUGUUACAUUGAUCCAAGCCUGACAGUCAUCAUGGUGUUCAUCGUUUUGUCAUCUGCCUUCCCACUUAUCAAAGAGACCUCCACUAUUUUGCUGCAGAUGGUUCCCAAAGGUGUUAAUAUGCAAGUCCUGACAAACAAACUAGCUGAUGUGCCAGGGGUUAGCAGCCUUCAUGAGGUGCAUGUCUGGGAACUUGCAGGUGGGAAGAAUGUUGCUACCCUUCACGUCAAGUGCCAAGCUCCUUCUGAUUACCAGGAUGCUUCUUAUAACAUACGGAAGGUUUUUCAUGAAGCAGGGAUCCAUUCUGUGACCAUCCAACCAGAAUACAUUGGCCACAAGGGCUCUGAGCUAAUGUGCAGCUCACCCUGUAUCUCUAAAGCCUGUGCUUCUCAGCUAUGUUGCAUACAGCAGGAAACAACGCUUACCCAUGCUAAUGGGAGUGUUGAGAAAAACGACGGUCUUCCCCCAGCACUAUCUAAAGACAAUAGUUUUAAUAAAAAUGAUGUAGAAAUUCCUAUUGGGUCUACAUUAGCAGAUGAGAGCAUUAACAAUAUGAAAAAUUGUAACAAAUCAGGAGAUGAUACAUCAAUCAUAAGUAGUACACGAUUUUAAACAGUUUGUUUUGUACUUGGUAAUCUCUUUAUAGAACAAAGCCUCAUGGCUGAAAUGUAAGCGGCCAUUGGUUGUAGCUGAAGUCUAUGUUGGAAAAGCUGUCUGUGCUGUAGCUGUAAACCAAAACAUGUAAAAACCAUGCGUCUGAAAUGAAGAUUUAUCUUCAUGAAGACUUUUGCAUUCACCUAAGAUUGUUCUAAAGCAAUUUAACAG